AUGUUUGGUGAAAAAGUUGAAGAUUAUGAGAUACUAGAACAUCUGGGUAAAGGUGGAUUUGCACAUGUAUAUAGAGCAAGAUGUCGAAGAACAGGUUUAUUUGUUGCUAUCAAAAUGAUAGACAAGGCGCUUAUGGCAAGUGCUGGUAUGAUAGGCAGAGUUAGACAAGAAGUCACCAUCCAUUCUCGCCUUAAACAUCCUGCUAUAUUAGAAUUAUAUACUUUUUUUGAAGAUGCACACUAUGUUUAUUUAGUUUUAGAAUUAGCUCAUAAUGGUGAGUUAGCAAAGCAUUUCAAGUUAGGAACACGAGGUCUUUCAGAAAAAGCAGCUGCAGAUAUCUUCAAACAAGUAUUGAGUGGGGUAUUAUAUUUACAUACUCACAAUAUCAUACACAGAGACCUAUCAUUAAACAACUUAUUGUUAACAAAAGAUCUAAAUGUAAAAAUAGCCGACUUUGGUUUAGCCACUCAAUUAAAUGGCCCGGAUGAAAAACAUGUUACUAUGUGUGGCACACCAAAUUAUAUAUCACCUGAAGUUGCUUCAAGAGAAUUUCAUGGCUUACCAGCAGAUGUUUGGGGAUUAGGAUGUAUGCUGUACACACUUUUAGUUGGCAGCCCACCUUUUCAUACUCAGCAUGUAAAAACCACUCUUAAUAAAGUAAUCAACGCUGAUUACAAAAUGCCAGCUGAGCUUUCAGUGCAAGCACAAGAUUUAUUGACAAAACUUUUGUGUAAAGAUCCUACUAAGCGAAUAACACUAAAAGCUAUUGUAGAACAUCCAUUUCUAAACCAUGGUAAUAUUUCAAAACAAGAUGUAUCACGAGAUUCUGGUUGCCUAACAACAUUACAUAGUACUCAACAUAGUAAUAAAAUUCGAAAUUAUAAUGAGCAUGUUCCUGAUUGUUUUGGUAACGAAUUAAAAGGAAACCUAAACCAGGUGAAGCCUCUGCCAUUUAAUUUAUUUAUGGGAAUGCAAGAAAACAACUCAUGUUCAUCACAUUCAAAUGAUCAAAACUAUAACAUAUGCACAAGAAAGAAACAUGGUUCUGCAGAUCUAUAUGACUUGAAAAAUCAGAAUUAUAAUGUUUUAGGCAAAAGUGAGAGUCCAUGUAAUAGUAAAGUAUCAUUGUUAGAAAAUAUUAAGAAAUUGGAAUUAAAAGGCAAAACUCUGACAAGUAAAUUCAAUGCAAAUACAGAAGAAAACAAAGAAAACUUACCUAAAUCAUGCAGUAUUAAUACUAACAUUGGCCUAAGUGUACCUCCACUCUGUGCUAACAGAUUACCUACAAUCUCACACAGAACGCGAAAUGCUAUAUUAAAAAUAGAACAAUCUGGAGUAGUAGUAGAGUUUAUUAAAAAAAAGGGUAAAGAUAGAGAAGAACAAAUAGUAGAAAUAUGUAAAAUAUCUAAAGAUGGUAUGAAGGUUGUCAUUUAUAUGGUAGAUAACAAGACACGAAAUGUUAAUGCAGAUCAUGAUCCUACUCCUGAUGAAGUCUUUACAUAUCACAACUUACCACAAAAACAUUGGAAAAAAUAUUUGUAUGCUUCACGCUUUGUAGAAUUGGUGAAAGCUAAAACACCUAAAAUAACAUUGUAUACAUCUUUGGCUAAAUGUCAACUUAUGGAAAAUGGUACUGAUAUCGAUAUGUUUUUUUAUGGUGGCGAAAAAGCUAAUUUUACUAGUUCUGAAGGUUUAAAAGUUAUAGACAAAAAUCUGAAAACACAUUACAGCCUUACAUCCAUUCCUGAAUUAAAAUAUAUUACUGAUCAUUUUGAGGAAUGUGCUAAUCGGAUGAAACGAGUCCAAACUGCAUUAUCUGGUAUAUCAGACGAAUGUUUUCCGCUAAUCAUAGGGAAAAGGCCAAUUCAACCUCAAAACAAUUUACAAUCACCUGUUCAAGGCUCAGUUAAUACAAAUUACAAUACACCACAACUUAACAUUGGGUCGUUUCUUCGUACAACUGCAUGUUCAAGUCAAGCCCCAAGUGAAUUUGGUUAA